AUGGUUCCCGUUGCUUUAUGCCGGCACUUCAGUCGCGCCAUUCAGACACGUCGAAAAGUAUCUCAGUGGUACAAGGCGAAAGUCAAUGGAGAUACGAAAAGUGAUCUGCGGCACAAAUACUUUAUCAAGGUCCUUGAGGACACCUUCGCAUCUCUCAACCCGUUUCUCGGAACUGGCGGACCAGAACCUGCACGAAAUAAUGCUUCUGCUACUACCACGUCGGGUUUAUCGUCUCGCAAUCGCUUUACAGGAUUGACCGUUGGCGAGCUUGCAGCAGUAGCCGACGAGGAAGACAUAAAUGAAGACACACUUUCCGAGUUCUCCGGCGUCAUGUUGGAGGAAGUCGAGGAGGACAAAGAAGACGACUUCUGGGUUGCUAUUGCGCUCAUGCUACAGGAGCAACAGGACAUGAAAGAGGUGGUACGUGAGAACUGGCAAAAAUACAAGAGCGGUAAAGUCGACUUGGUUGUGGCGGCAAUGACCACGGAUACUGCUACCAAGCUUGCUCAGGGUACGGAAGCGAAGUUUGACCUGCUAGUAACGCGGCCAAAGAAAUACUCGCAGACCAAAUAUCCGGUUUGGACUCUCCCCGCUGUUCUCUUCUACAACAACCACGAAGAUAUGCACCGAUGGCCCCUCAAGGAGAUUGCGAAGCCUUCCGCCAAGCUUGGAAUUACAGCUGAUGCCCAGAGUGAAGCGCACUUUGACUUCUGGCCAGUUUUCGCUCGCUUGAAAUUUUAUCUCCACAAGCACAUUACUAAGGCGAACUUGAUUCCGCAAGUCGUUCCGAAGGACUUCGGUGAUGCCAACAUUCACAGUCGAACAUUGAGAGCAAUCGAACUCGCGCCGCCCGAGUCGCCUGAGGAAGCACGGACACUCUUCGAUAUAGCUACUGGCCAGCCCACUCUCAAGCAAGUGGGGUCAUAUGCUCUCGAUCGUUUGAACUUCAGCGAUGAGUUUCUAGGCAAGCCUAGAUAUGAUCCGAAUAACAAGGCACGGUUUUCCGGAGAUGCAAGCGUGUUUGGAGAGUCUGUCUACUUGCCACGCGGUGCAGGUGCCUUCUGGAUCAGUAAAUUACCUGGCGGAGCUUUCAACGGUCGAAUCGACACCAUUACCAAGGCACUUCUUGAAGCAUCAUCUCCUGACACAACUCGUGGCCGUCACGCUCGCGCAAUGCAAGCUUCCCAGGAAAGGCAGGGACCGAAACUAGAAUCCUUGAACGGAAAAGAAGGGCUAACUCCCGUUGCCAUUUUGCAACAUUUUGCUUUCUGGCUGCAGGCUGACAUGCCAGAACUUUGUUUCGACGGAGUGUUGAUGCAGCGGCAAUGCUCGGAUACAUGGAAGGCCAUCUACGAAGCGCUCGAGCGUGACCCAGCUUGUGACAGCUCCUUCUCACAAUUCGAACAAUCAGCGCAACAUGCAGCAAAUGCCAUCAUCACCACGUCCGUGAUCGAAGGCAAGUACCCUCACUUCAUGGACAUAGCGCGCAAUGCAAUGCUUGACGAUCUACAGCAGCAAGACAGCGAGCUGGGGUGCCCGCGAAGCGAGGUAUGCCUGAUGGACAUGGUGAAGCACCACAAGAGAGUCGCAAUAAUGCUUACGGAUGAUGGACCCUUAAGUAUCGACAAGUUGUAUAAAGGCUGGACGGCGGCACAGAAACAACAGAAGAAAGAUGGACUCGCGGCCGCUGUCGCACAGGCUGAGGAUGGGCUUAGACAUUUAGAGACGAUGAUGUACGCUCAGCUACUCGAAACCACAAGAGAAGAAGGUCGCAAGAUGCGGAGACGUGGUUAUUCCGGUGAUCCUGAAUCGGAGCUCCUGAGAGACGACCUAUAUUUAAAACUUCGCUCACUUGAAGCCAGGGUAAACGAGGAUUGCAUGGUGAUGUAG